AUGACCUUUCCUAGUCCGCUGCCCACGAUGGAUGCCGCCGAAAUCAAGGCUUGUUUUGACCCACCUCUUGAAGAGGUUUCCACCAGGAACCCAAUCAUGUACAACAAAACGACUGCUGACCCAGACCAUCCUGACGUUGCUGGUUUGUUGGUGAAAAACAAGAAUCUUUUAGCUGAGCUAAGAAAUCUUCAAAAUAAACUUUUCAUAAAAGAAAGUUCAUUGCAAGAUAUGAAGAAUGAGCUAGAAAGUUAUAAAGAAGAUAACGCGAAACAGUCUUUCCAGAUAAUUUCCCUGAAAAAUGAUAUCAAGGACUUAAAGGUUCUUAUUGCUUCUCUAACUAGAGUUAAAUCUUUGAAAAGCAUCAAUAAUCAGACUCCUGAAAGAGGCAACUUGGAUCUAAAUGAAAGAAUUAUAGAGCUAGAAAACCGUCUAAGAGUACAUCUGGUUGAAAGAGAAAGGGCAGAGCAAAAAGCAGACCUUUUGGAGAAAAAGUUAGCAGAUGCUAAUGGAUUCACUCCUUAUAUGAAUGUGAAAGGACAAGAAGACACCUUGGGUAGUUUCAAGAUAAAGGGAGCUGAAGGCCUUAAGCAGGACAUUCAGUUGCUCACCAAGCGACUGGAGCAGCUGCAUCAUCACCACGAAGAAUCGUCCCAAACUGAAGAAAAGCGUAGGGAACAAAAAAGACCCUUGAAACGUCUGGAGGGAAAACUUGCUGUUAAUGACUUUUUUCAAGUGAGAUUAGACUCGGGCAGGAAUAAAGAAAACUCCAGGACUAAAAAUGCCCGAAUAGAUGAGAACAGCAAGAUAUUUAAACAGCUAGAGAAAGACAACAAACAACAAACAUUACUAACUAUUAAGCAGAAUUUGCAAAUUGCAACAACUCAAAGGUUAGAGGAAGAAAUCCGGCAACUUCAUAAACAGCUCAGUGAUUUGAAAUUGUCAAAUAAAAAUAUGAAAACCCAACUGACAAGAGUCAAUAUCCUUAAAGACAAAACAAUUCAGAAGCUCAGGCAAUCUUUAAUAAAAGUUGAAGCAAUGAAAGGGAAGGCAGCUAUGAAAACAGAUAACUUGAAAACUACAUUAGACCCGACCAAGCAAGAGGCAAGAUGGGACAAAGACGGGACCCAUCAGAUCUUAGAUGCUGUCACUCCUGAGCUCUGCACAGAAAAGAACACACUUGAAGUAUCAGGACGACCACAAGAGGAAGUCGACUUUCGAGAAACUAUCAUGAAGAUGUUGGGAUUUAACAUGAAAACAGCAGACAAGGAAAUUAUCAUUCACCUAAGACUUAUUAUCCAAGCUUAUGAAGCAUCUAACAAAUCAAAGAUUGCUUCUGAUUGUGAGACUGGACAGAAUAACAACGCAUAAGAAAGUUCUGCCUUCUCAUUGCUGCCAACAAGAACUCAGCAGAUACAGACAUUUCCUUCAACAUCUUGUAUAUGGCUACAUGAUGA